CAACAUGAGUAAGCGGCGUCCCUCGCAGGUGUGACACUUCUCGCGUUGACUCCUUUUUUGCACUAGCGAGAAAAUGUGACUUCCGCAUCCGUUAAUUUUGCUUUCGCGGGUCGGUACGAAAGAGCUAGCGUCAGACUGUUGUUUCAAUGGAAAUACCUCAACCGACGAUACAGUCCACAACCUUUAAGACGAUUCACCAUAUCCUGUAAACUGAUGCUAACGUUAAUCCGUUUUUUUUUAAACCGGUGGUUUAACAGUUGGUUGAUCGUUUCUCGCGAGUUGUCGCGGCAGAGCCAAAAAAAAGUCCCAAGUAAAGACGUCCAGACACAAGCAUGUCACUGCUGUCCAUGGUUGAGGAAGCGAUCAAAUCACGCAAAGAUGAGCAAGCCAAGAUUAACGAGAGUAUUCAAUUCUACAGAGAAAUACUGAAGACCUUAACACCAAAACCCAAGACGAGCUCUGAGGAGUCAGAUUGUGCAGAUGCUGCUGCUACAGACACAAAAACCUCACCGGGGGAGACGGAAGAUAUAGAUUUGCUUGAGCGAGCACUGGAGAAAGCCCUUUGGGUCCGCACUGGCACAGAAACUUCUAAAAACAAGCCAGACAGAAACAAGGAAUCUGGAUCCCGAAAGGAACCAGGCACUUCAGCUGUCACAUCAAAAGACGUAACACAGUCAUCUGCACCAUCUAAAGCAAGUCAAACAACCAUCAAGUCAACCUCGAAAUCAAAACCUGGAUCAUCAGUAUCCUCAACACUAGGGUCAAGACCCUCAGCUAGCAACAAUCCUAGACAGUCCAAAAGCACAAAUUAUAGAAACAUAGUCCAGAAAGAUCCUGUCUCAUCAGCUCGGGUUGUGCAUCACCACACAGCUAGGAAAUUGCAGCAGGCUGGUUCAGCAUCUGGCUCUCUUGAUCACAUCUCGACCUUGCACUCUAAAAACAAGACUGUUAAAAGCAGCGUGCUGAGUGAUGAUGACCUGGGCAAAGCUGCAGCUAUCUCCACGCCUUCCUCAAAUGACGCAGUGCCUCUUUCACACACAGAUGAACCUGGAGCUCAUAGUUUGCUUCAACACGAUGGGGUGCCUUCUGAGCAGGCAGCAAAAUGGAAAUCUUUAAGGAGCAAGCAAAACAGGUUGUGGGACGAAGUUAUUGCCCUGCAAAGGAAACCUGUGCCUGGGAGGAGUCACUUCAUUGAGAGAAUGAGAGCUACGUUCCCCAAGGAUUGGCCGUGUGGCAGCCCAGAUCAGGCCAGGGCUAUGGUUGACAGUCUGACUCACCCAGGGCAUGACCUCAACCAGCACUGCCAGACAAAGGAGGUUUUGGCCAACCCGACUCCAGAGGCGGCCACAGUGCGGGAGUGUGAAGCAUGGGAUCGAUGGAGGCCAGAGGGAGGUUGUCUUUGCCCCACUGGGGCAAAUAGCGUGGAGCAAGAUAGGAUGAUUGAACCCCUGCCCCUGACUAUAACCUACACGACGGAGGCAGAGCUCCAAGAGCUGGAGAAGCUUAGGAUACGGGUAGCACUGCUGCAACAAGAGAUUAACCUCGAGCAGGCUCUGUUGGACACUCUGUCCCCUCAGCUCUCAUCUAUAGCACCUGGGCCUGCAUGUCCCAACCCCAGUAUGCUGAGAGACAUGUACUCCCUGCUGGGUGAAGGAGGGGAGCGUUUCCCUGCCAUAGUCUGGGACUCUGAGUCUGAUUGACCACAGAACAUACAGUAUCACAGUGAGAUACCAGUUUGUGAAGUACUCUGUACUUCUCCAUUUACAUAUAUAAGACAAAUAAAAUAUAAUAAACACCUCUCAGUAUAAUGCAGUCCAGUGCAAUACCAGUUGGAUCGUCAAUAAAAUUAGAACAUUGUUAAAUUCACAGAAAUAAGAUUAACUGCAGGACUAUUGUAAUAGAUUGUUUUAGGAUAAACAGGUUUUCCUAAUAAAAUGGUAACUCAAGCGUAUAUUUGUCUGUGAAGCAAGAAUGUAGGUCAUUAAUUUGAGGAACCUUGUGUUUAUUGUGUUCCGACUAUUUAUUCAGUGUCUGACGCCAUGUAAUAACUUGACUGUCUCACUGGAAAAAAAAACAAGAUUGUGAUUGUUUAUCAUCUUUCAUUAAUGUUGUUUCUGACUGUGAAGUGCUGUACUUAGAUUUUUUUUUUCCUAUGAA